AAUACCCUUUCCCCGCGCGCGCCUACUCUCCUCCGCUCACUCGCUAUCCUCCGCGUCCCCUCUCCACACCGACUGCUGCGUCACUCCGCCAAGCGCAGCGCGCUCCCCCCUUCAGGCGGAGGGCGUGGCGCGCAGCUGCUGCAGGGGGCGCGGGGGAAGCGGAUGUGGGGACGGCACUGCUGGCGACCGCUGCGGACGAUGGCGCAGUGAGGGCGGUCUCCGCCACUCGCUCCGGUCUCUUCCGCUCGCCCGUGUCAGGCGGGGUAGAGAGCGCCACGAGCGCCCACCGGGUGGGGCGGGCGCAGUACGCACAGCUCUGCUCCAUCAUGCCCCGCUCGCACCACCGCCGCAGGGGUACCCCUUGGGAUCGCUCGUUGACUGCACCACUGACGCUGCCUGACAUCUAUUUUGUGGGCGGGUGCGGCACGGUGGCGUGGAUAGGCGUGGCAGAGUAUGUGGCAGCGACGCCUGAUACUGUCGCUACCAACCAUGCGGAGCACGCGCUGCAG